CAUAAGUAUUUAAGAACAAUAAAAUACAAUCUAACAAUGAUUGUAAAUUAAUUCAAUAUUGAUAUCACUCGCAAAUAUUAAUUUCUGAACUUCUGGUUAGGUUCUAUGCUAUCUCAAGAUUAAUUACUGAUUAGUAAUUUCAGUUAAUUUUAAUUCAUGGAUUUAAACUUGAACUUAUUACAAUUUUUAAUUUUAAUUUAACUAUUUAUUAAGUAAGGKUUUCUAAAAGUUUUUAAAUAAGUAUCCUSCAUCAAAAUAAUGGAUGACUUAAUGACACCUUCAUUUCAUAACCAUUUAAAGAAUUUUAUUGUAGCUGCCAAGCAAUAUUCAUUUUGUCGCGAUGAAUCAUCUUUUAAUGCAGUUCUCUGUUCAUUACAGAUCCUUGGACAGCAUGAAUUCAUUUUUAAUUCUAAAGAUGCAUUAAGACAUGAGUUUUGCAUUAAUUUAUAUGAGYUGAUGAGCAAUAUUAAAGAUGAAUCUGAGAUUACAUGGGCUGCUGUUAAUUUAUUGCAGUCUAUUGUUAAACAAGGAUUUUUUCAAAACACAAUACUAAACAAUAAUGAAUUUACACUUAUUCUAACAAAAUUACUAAAAGAUGAAUUAUCUCUAGAUAAAAAAAUUAAAAUACUCAAACUACUUCAGGAAUUGACAUAUAGAAUUAAAAUUCAAUGGCAAGAAGGCCAUUCAUCUGAACUAAUUAGUCUGUUGGUAAAAUGGAUUUCAACUGAAGACAAAGAUCUUAUAUCAUUUAGUUUAGGCGUUUUAGUAAAUGUGUGUUGUAAAAACAAAUUUGCCAUGUUUACACUUGUGAAAUGUACACAUUCUAAAUCUUUCAUGCGCCUGCUUUUAAAAUUACAAUCUGAUGAUAUAUUCAUCAAAGUUCAAGUGUACAAAUUAUUAUUAGUUUUAGAACAAGUAUCUGGUCAAAUACCAGAUGUUGAUGUUAACAAUUUAAUUGAUGUAACAUUUGUUGUUUUGGAAGAAGGACUUAAACUAAAAAAUGUGUUUGUUCUACGCCAUGCAGUAGACUUUUUUAUUGAUAUAAGUGAACAUUCACGUUGGAAAAACUCGGUUUUAGAAUAUGAUAACUAUAAAACAAAUCUAAUUAAAAUACUGGAGUCUACAAACAAUUUUAAACAUAUUGACAAGUCUCAAAACAAUUAUCACAUAACAUUACAAAGUAUAGACUUAAUUUUACAAUUUGUUCAUCAUGUUAUUCAAUUYAAAAAUGAAGAUUUAAUCACAGUAUAUCCUAAAAUUAUAAUUUACAUUUUGCAUUGGACUCAAUUUUCAAAUCUUCAUGAACAAGCUAUGGCAAUUUUACAAACAAUAAUUAUUAAUGUACGAAGUUUUAAUAAUUAUAUGGAUCAAACCCUUAAGUUUGAUAUUUAUGAAAAUCUGGAAAAGAGUUUAAAUAUAUUGCUAAUUGUUUUAUUCGAACCAAAUACAAAUGUAGAAAAUGAUUCAAUUAUAUCUACAUGGAAUAAA